CAAUUGGAUGAUUUUUAAAAUGUUAACCCAUCAAACUAGCUCCUUCUUUCAGACAAUUAACUAAACAUAUAGAUUUCUAGUGAGCGGUGCUUGAGUUGCAUCGCGCGAUAUCGAGCAAAACAUUCCGUAAUCUCUAAACUACAAUCAGGUGACACAGAUUAUCAAAAACCUGUUCAUAGGUCAAAAUCGAAUGUAGCCACCAUUAUCUAAUAAUUGACGUGGUAUUCACUGUGCCUCUACCGCGAUUACCACGUGAAAAAGACCAAAUUCAUUUAACAGAAAUGGAUGUUGUUGGAUUAUGCGAUGAAGUUCGCCGGAUGAAUAAAAGACAGUUUUUGUACCAAUUGUUGUCCUUUGGAAUGAUAGUAUCUUCUGCACUGAUGAUAUGGAAAGGUUUGAUGAUAGCAACUAGUUGCGAAAGUCCUAUUGUGGUCGUUCUUAGUGGUAGCAUGGAACCGGCAUAUCAAAGGGGUGAUUUACUACUUUUAACAAAUUAUGCCAAAGAACCAAUUAGAGUGGGAGAUGUUAUCGUGUUCAAAGUGAAAACCCAUGGUAUACCUGUUGUACAUAGAGUACUAAAACUUCAUGAAAAACGAAAUGGCACGUCUAAGUUUUUAACAAAAGGAGACAAUAAUCAAGUUGACGAUAGAGGUUUAUAUGGACCUGGUAAAAUAUGGUUAAACAAAGAUGACCUAGUUGGUAAAACAAAAGCAUUUCUGCCAUAUAUUGGAAUGGUGACUGUAGUAAUGUCUGAUUACCCAUUAUUAAAGUUUGCUCUGUUGGGAUGCCUUGGAUUGUACGUCAUUCUUCAUCGUGAAUGAGUUAAAUUAAAGUACCUAUUAUACUGCUACCUACCCUGUACAGAUGCUACAAUAAAAAUAUUUUGUGUGUUA